CUGAUCUCUACAUAUUUUAUUUUCUUUAUCAAUAAGUUCAAGAAACAUCUGUGUAUUAUUGCUCAUGAUUGAUGGCAGAAAAUUGGAUAAAUAAUGUAGAAAGAUGGAAAUGGAACUGGACAGAGUUAUGUGGACAUGAAAAAAGUAUUAGCCCUUUAAAUCCUGAAACACAUGACUUAGAUGUUUGUUUUCAACAGCUUUGUCUGCAGAUACCAGUAUUAGCGCUCAUAGCUAUAACUUCAGCAUUUUAUUGUGGAAAAAGAAAUAUAUAUUCAUCUAGGCAACAGUAUGCUUAUCAUGCUCUAAACAUUAGAAUUUUUGUCACAAUAUGUCUCACAAUAUUGCCUAUCAUAAGGGCAUAUAUUAUUUUAACUAAUACUACUAUUUCUUUCCCUGAUGAAGUGCAAGAUCAUACUACAUCAGUGCCAACAACAUUAGACAUUGGUAUUCACAAUACAAGUUUCUCAAUAGACAAAGCAAACAUAAUAAGCAGGAUAUAUGAUGGAUUAAACCACACUGUGAAAUUUGCUCAAUCAAUUUUAUCACAGAAAAACAGUGCUGAUACUACUACAAUUCCUGUUACAUUAUAUACUGUUGAUUUUGCAUCAACAUCAUCCAACUUUAGUGAUAAAUUUACUUCUGCUAAACCAGUAGAUUAUCUUGUGGCAGGUACCNAAGGUUUAGCAUGGGUUGUGCACUUUUGUUUUAUUUUGAGUUUGAAACGUGGGCGAGAUCCCAAUCCACGAGGCCCAUUAUUAAUACGAACAUUAAUAUUUCUUUUGACUGUUGUUUCCGUAUUGCUGUUGCGUAGUCAUAUCAAUAAUAAGUCAAAAGACGACGUUUUGCCAAACUUAUCAUUAGGAUUCAGCAUCAGUGUAGUCACAUUAUUGAUAUUUUACAUCGUAACAUUGAUACCGAGUUCUAAGUCCAGGACAGAGGACGCGAGGACAUCAUCUCGAAAUACCGUAAUUGGAGAACGCACUGCACUGUUAUCCAGCCCCAAUUCCUCAUAUGUACAAUUUCCUGAAGAACAAGAUCCAAACUAUCUUGGAAUUGCUAUGGAGGAUACAACUAUCGCUUCUAAGCUCCUGUUUCAUUGGGUGACGCCUUUAAUGAAAAAGGGCGUUAAGGGAUUAUUAAAUCAUUCUGAUGAUUUGUNUGAUUUACCUGAUCAGAUAAAUACUGCUGCAAUCAGUCAAAAAAUUGACAAGCGUUUAAAUAAUGUGCCAAAAAAUAUGAGCAAUGGAAUCGAGAAUAAUACGGAAAUGACGCUUAACAGCACCACAAGUGUAAAAGUAAUCACAAAGAAAGCAACACUGUUUUACUUGUUACAUGAAUGUUUUGGCUGGGAAUUUUAUGCGGUUGGAAUUUUGAAAUUUAUCGCAGAUUGUAGCUCGUUUAUGGGACCAAUACUUCUAAGUAGAUUGAUAGGCUUUAUUGAAGAUAAAAAUGAGCCGAUUUCGUACGGAUAUCUAUAUGCAACUCUUAUAAUACUCAGCGCUAUAAUUGGUGCCUUUUGCAAUACUCACUUUACUUUUUGGAUGUNUAUUGUGGGCUUAAAAAUUCGCUCCGCAAUUAUAACUUUAGUCUAUCGAAAAACAUUACAUUCUUCUAAUAUCGAUUUAAACCACAAUUUUAAUUUUGGUGAAAUAAUCAAUUUUAUGAGCACCGAUAGCGAUAGAUUAGUCAACAGUUGUCCCAGUUUUCAUACAUUUUGGAGUAUACCAUUACAGUUAUUCGUGACACUGUAUCUUCUCCAUCAGCAAAUUGGAGCUUCGUUUUUAGCCGGUGUCGCGUUUUCGAUAAUACUUAUACCAAUCAAUAAAAUAAUAGCAAAUAAAAUUGGCAAACUCAGUUGCAAAAUGAUGGAAUAUAAAGAUCAAAGAGUGAGGCUAAUGGGAGAAUUAUUGCAUGGCAUGACUACGAUUAAAGUUAAUGUAUGGGAAGAGCAUUUUUUACGAAAUAUUCUCAAGAUAAGAGAAGACGAGAUAAAAUACUUGCGAGGUAGAAAAUAUUUAGACGCCUUGUGUGUUUAUUUCUGGGCGACUACACCCGUUGUCAUCGCAAUAUUAACGUUUGCCACAUAUGUAUUGUCUGGCAAUCAGUUGACCGCCAAAACUGUUUUUACGAGUAUGGCUUUGUUGAACAUGUUGAUAGGACCUUUGAAUGCAUUUCCAUGGGUUUUAAAUGGUCUUACGGAAGCAUGGGUUUCUCUCAAGAGAAUUCAAAGAAUGCUGGACCUUCCAGAUAUGGACACAUCGUUAUAUUAUACUGAUAUCAAUCCUGAUUCUGAUUUGUUGCUGCAAAAUUUAACAUUGAUUGUUAAUCGUCCGAAGAACAUGAAUAGUACGAACGAAAAUUCAAAAACUUUAAGUACUCCAUCUUCAAGUACAGAUAUUAAGAAAAGUGUUACUUUCGAAGACGAAGAUGUUUUUGCUUUACAUAAUAUUAAUUUAUCUGUACAAAAGGGACAAUUAAUCGGUAUAAUGGGUAAAGUUGGAAGCGGAAAAUCUUUACUUCUUGAUGGCAUUCUAGCAGAAAUUACAAAAACUAGUGGAAUAAUAUCUGUUAACGACGAUAACAAAGGUUUCGGAUAUGUAAAACAAAAUCCUUGGCUACAACGCGGUACAAUUCGAGAUAACAUUCUAUUUGGAAAACCAUAUGAUCAUAACAAAUACAGGAACAUUUUAAAAGCUUGUGCUCUCACGUCCGAUUUGAAUUUGCUUCCCAACAAAGAUUUAACGGCUGUUGGCGAAGCCGGAAACACUUUGAGUGGCGGCCAAAAGACGAGAAUUUCCUUGGCUCGCGCUGUAUACGCAGAUAAAGAUAUUUAUUUGUUAGACGACAUAUUAGCAACACUAGAUGUCAAAGUUGCUCGAUAUGUUUUUCAGCACGUAAUUCUAGGCUUGUUGGGAAAUAAAACCAGGAUUUUAUGUACACAUCAAACUCAGUAUCUGGUUCAUGCGGACGUAGUUAUCGAAAUGUCAAAAGGAAAAAUUAUUAAUCAAGGAAAACCAAGCGACGUAUUGCCCGAUUUGGAAGAUUAUCUUUUAUCAUCAUCAGAAUACACUGAAUGUGACUUAGAUGUUGCCUAUAUGAAAGCAAUGUUGCCUAGUGAAUUUAAUCAAUUGGAAAAAGACGAGGUUGAUCCUUUGCUCGAUAAAGAAGUGACCGAGAAAGGAACGGUUCAAUUUUCGGUGUAUACGAGCUAUCUCGACGCUAUAGGACGGUAUCUGGCAAUUUCGAUAUUUCUCUCGAUGAUUUUGAUGCAAAGUUCAAAGAACGUUACAGAUCUAUGGUUAUCGUACUGGGUAACGCACACUAACAACACGACAAUUAAUUCCACUGAACGAUCCGAAGUUGGAAAACUGCAACUCUACUAUGAUAACGACAGUCUGCACGACACAAAAUAUUACUUAACAAUUUACAGUUUACUUGCUGUAUUCAACACCAUUUUUACUUUAAUUAGAGCAUUUAUUUUUGCAUACGGUGGCCUGCAAGCAGCCAUAACAAUGCAUAGACAGCUUCUGAAGAUAAUUAUACGGGCAAAAUCAACAUUUUUUGAUAUUCAACCGCUUGGGAGAAUUAUAAAUAGAUUUUCGUCUGACACAUAUACAGUCGAUGAUUCUCUACCUUUUAUUAUGAAUAUUUUACUGGCACAUGUCUUCGGUUUAGUUGCUACUAUCAUAGUUACAGCUUAUGGUCUACCAUGGAUUUUCCUUAUAUUAGCUCCUCUUGUACCUAUUUAUCAUUGGAUACAAAAUCAUUACAGAUUAACAUCGAGAGAAGUAAAACGAUUAUCAAGUAUCACAUUAUCUCCACUGUACGCUCACUUUAAUGAAACUUUGGACGGAUUAACAACAAUCAGAGCCUUUCGUACUGUACCACGUUUUAAACAGGAAAGUGAAUUGCUGUUAGAAACCAGUCAGAAAACGCAAUUCGCUUCUAUAGCCGCCAGUCAAUGGCUCGCGUUAAGAUUGCAAUUUAUCGGUGUCGCUCUUAUAGCCGGAAUCAGCGUUAUGGCGGUUUUGCAACAUCAAUAUAAUAUAGCUGACCCCGGUUUGAUCGGUUUGGCAAUUACUUACGCCCUAUCUGUAACCGGAUUGUUAACCGGAGUUGUGAACUCUUUCACCGAGACUGAGAGAGAGAUGAUCGCAGUGGAACGAGUCAAACAAUAUUUGGAUAACGUACCGACUGAGAAUGCGAUGGGCGAAAAUCCGCCCUAUGCAUGGCCCAGUCAGGGUGUUAUAGAAUUCAGAGAAGUUGUCUUAAAAUACAGAGAACAUUUAGUGCCAUCAUUGAAAGAAGUAACAUUUAGUACUCGACCAGCUGAGAAAAUAGGUGUCGUCGGUCGCACCGGUGCCGGAAAAAGCUCAUUAUUAGCUUCGUUAUUUAGACUAACGGAAAUCAGUUCUGGAAGUAUAUUAAUUGACAACGUGAAUAUUCAAACGUUACAGUUAAACGCAUUAAGAUCCCGCUUAGCUAUUAUACCACAAGAUCCGUUUCUCUUUUCGGGUACCAUACGAGAAAACGUUGAUCCUCUAGAUCAGUAUACCGAUAUGCAUAUAUACAAAGCUCUCGAAAAGUGUAAAGUACAUUCUUUGGUUUAUCGAUUAGGUGGCUUAGGCGCUGUUUUGGAUGAAGGUGGCAAUAAUCUUAGCGCCGGUCAGAGACAAUUGUUCUGCUUAGUUAGAGCUGUGCUACAUAAUGCUAAGAUUGUUUGUAUUGACGAAGCAACUGCAAAUGUAGAUCACGAAACGGAUAAAUUUAUCCAAGCGACGAUAAAGUCUUCUUUCCAAAGUGCGACGGUUAUUACCAUCGCUCAUAGAAUAAGAACGAUUAUGCACUGUGAUAGAGUUUUAGUGAUGGGAGAUGGAGAAGUGUUGGAAUUCGACGAGCCUAAUAUAUUGAUUCAAAAUGCCGAUUCCUAUUUCUAUCAGCUGGCCAGUCAAGAAUUUUCGGAUCAAGAAUAAUAUAGAAUAUGAGCGAUCGCGUGUGAUAUGCCACUUACAUGAUUUUAUAUAAAAAUGACACGAACGCAGUUCCAACCCAUAUGUGUAACAGGUUUUUUAAUAGGUUUUGGAAUCGCGAAAGCAUCAAAUGCGAUGAUUGUAAGUAAUUGUAUUAUAUACAAGAUAUCUUUGUGAGAAGCGUGAGAAAUA